UCCUUACUAGCUACGUCUCAAACAAACGUGCCUUCUCGGAGUUUGGGACAGACAGACAUAGAGUUUUAUAGUAAAAUAUUUGGUUACAUUAAAUAAAAUUGUAGCUAUGUAUCUGGACCACGACUUGUUGUUUUUUACAGCCAAGUAAAUCGCCCGUUUUGUUUUUAACAACGGUUAAAACGGUCCUCAUAUCAAGCGCACCCAUUCGGUUCAUUGACAGAAAUGGCUAUCACGGAAGUGGAGCGCAGACGUGGUCAACUUGCUGCUCUGUCCAUAGCAGCAGUGGUCAUCAUGGUGGGAGUCCCUCUGUGGUGGCGAACAACUGAAACAUACCGCGCCUGGUUGCCUGUCAGUCAGAUAAAUGAGUUGGCUAAUAUGCAGCUACAGUUGAGUGCUGAUGUGGAGGUGGUGUUUGCACGUGGAACGGUGACGCCAGAACAGCAGAAGAAGGUCCCACUGACACAGACACAGGAUGAGGAACACACCGUAGAUGAGAACACAGCUUUGAGGUACAGGUAUGAGAUAAGGUACCGCACAGCUACAAUCAUGGAGGAGGACGCGCUGGACCAGCCCACUGCUGCAGAGGCAGAUCUUUCUCUGCACACGCUAAGUGAGAGUCCGUGUGGCUCUUUAGUUGUGUAUGUGAUCCCAGAGUCAUCUUCACUGUUGCCUGAGGACGUGGACGUAUAUAUCGGUCAGCGAAGGACAGCCCUGCUGCGUAUUGGUGCCCAGAUGAGAGUGGGCAGGACACUAGAGCAAUUGCUGGCUCAUCUGGAGCCUCGGAUCAAGCAGGUGCUGCAGGUGAUGUCUUUUAGCCACACCGACAUCACCGCCGCCCUCAGUGACAGAGUUCGUCUCAGCCCUGGCAACAAAGAGAGCAUCGCUGACAGUAUGAGAGCCUUUAAAUCCAGCCCAGGUUAUGAGAUAACAUUCAGUCUGUUAAACCCAGACCCCAAGUCACACCGGCUAAACUGGGACAUAGAGGGUGCCGUACAGACCUACAUCCAACCUUUGCUUACAAAACUAGCCCCUGUGGCCAACUUCAGCCUUGACUCUCAGACCUUAUACUACGCCGUGCUCGGUGUCAACCCACGCUUUGACAGCAGCAGCAGCGCCUACACACUGAACUCUGAUAGCCUUGCACAUGUCAUUAACCCUGUGGAGGCUAGACUGGGCUCAAAUGCUGCAUCUUCCAACCCGGUGUUGAAUUUUCUUCUGUACGUCCCGGAUGCCCACCAUUCCCCUCUUUACAUUCAUGACAACAAGAAACAGGAAGUGCCUUCUAAUGCGUUUCACUCUCCACGUUGGGGGGGAAUUAUGGUCUAUAAUGUUAAUGGUUUCUAUAGACCAGAGGCUGUGUUGCCUGUUGACAUCAACAUCAACAUGGCCAAAGUCAUGGGAGUCUUCCUUGCACAGCUUCGACUGUUGCUGGGUGUGCAGUCGUCUACCGCUCCCCCUGGCUUCCUGAUGGCGCCGUGCGGCAGUACAGGACUAGCUGAUUGGGAGCUGGACCGUCUCAUGUGGAGUCGGAGUGUGGAAAAUGUUGCAACAGCAACCACCACCAUCACCUCACUGGCACAGCUGCUGGACCAGAUAGGCAACAUUGUUAUCAAUGACAACAUUGCUGAACAGGUGUCCAGUGCUGUCAUAUCUCUGCAGCUGGCUGUGGCUGAAUUGGAGGCUGGGAACCUCGGCUUUGCUCUGCAGUACAGUAAAGAGGCCAUAAUGGCAUCGGAGAGGGCAUUCUUUGACCCUUCACUUCUCCACCUUCUCUACUUUCCUGAUGACCAGAAGUUUGCUAUCUACAUACCACUCUUCCUUCCCAUGUGUGUACCUAUUCUGCUGUCACUGCUCAAGAUAGUGUCUGAGGUUAGACAGAAACGCAGAGAGAAGCAAGCCAAGAAGGACUGAGAAACACUUGGAGAAGAUCUAAACAAAAAAAAACUGUUUUGUCAGUGGCCUUGACAUUUAGGUGCAAAGGUACGCAUGAAGAAACUCAUUUGCAGCAUGGAGUGUGGAAUUUACAAAAUAGUCACAUAUGAUUUUUAUUGUUUCAUGUAAGGAAUUGUUUAUCUUAAAAUGUUAAUGAAUGGCUGCCGGGCUGUGUGACACUGUAUACUGGAAAGCUUGAAUUGUUGUAAAUGUGAAUAAGUUUUUAUAUUUGAAUUCCACUUUCUAUUCUAAGUUAUUAACAAAUAAAGACUUAACUCGUGGUCGCUCUUGGGUUAGCAAGAAAUAUAAGAAUACCUGAUUUUAUAUUAUUACAUUUGGCAAGCACUCCUAAAGCAAUUUACACCAAUUUUGUCCAUUAAAAUUAAACAAACACAA